AGGGGUCUCGCCAUGCACCGCGGGCCCCUGGACAGAGACAGGGACAGCAGACACUCCAGCUCUACCUCCAGCCUGGCCUCCACAGAGGGAAAGACCAGCGCCUCCCCUGUGGCAGGAGGCUCUACACAGAGCACAGCCAGCAACACCAUCAGCGUGCAGCUACCUCAGACUCAACAGCACCACAGCCACCCCAACACAGCCACCGUCGCACCCUUUAUGUACAGAUCCCAAACAGACGACGAGGAAACAGAGGACACUGAAACGGGCUCAGGAGGAAGAGGUGGAGACGUUUCCUCCACCAAGACCAGCCAGCUCUCCAUCGAGGACCUUUCAGGUGAAGACCCGGAAACGAGGCGGUUGCGUACCGUCAAAAACAUAGCAGACCUGCGGCAAAACCUGGAGGAGACCAUGUCCAGCCUGAGAGGAACUCAGGUCACACACAGGUAAACCAUCACACAGGUUUAUUCCCCC